GAGAACUGAAAUCAGAUAUUAGAUAUGGUGAAUAUGGAGGAAUUAUUGAGAGAAAUGGAGAGCAUGAAGAUCACGGGUAACUCAGCAUCAGCACAUCUCUGGAAAAAAUGUGUCGACAUUUUUGUUCCUCAGCUAAUGAGUGGAGUAGACUUACCAGGUGUGGAGGAUGAUUUUAAAGAUUAUCGAGGAAUUCUGAAUGACAGGUUGAAGGAGAUCUGGGAGAUAUUCCACCGGAUUUUUCUCGAUUCCAAUGAAGGUGCCAAUGAUCCAGAAGUUAUGAGGAUUAUUGUCAUUCAUCUGAUUGUCGUUGUUGGAGAGCAGAGCGAGAGGUGUCCUUGGAAUACUGAUGAAACAUCAGGAUUAGUCCAGAGUAUUUUGACUGAUAUUUGUGCAUUAUUCGGAAAUAACAGUUUAUCAAGUAUCUUCUGCGGUCCUGAUGACAAACUCCAAACGAUUUUGAUGAUUCUUAGGCCUAAACUGAUGAAGGAUACGUGGAAAACUUAUCCUGGAGCUGUAGUCUGUUAUAAAUGGCUGUUGAACCAAAUUGAGAUCCCUGAAUUGACAAAAUAUUUAUCUAAUAUUCUUCCAACGGCAUUAAUUAUCUUUGACGAUUUUGUCCCCGAAAACAGAAUUAUUGGAUUAGAAUGUAUUUACAGAAUAAUUCAACACUCCUCGACGCACAGAGAAUUCAUAGAGAAUGGAUAUGCAGCUGUAAUCUACGAUGCUGUGGAAAAAUUAACACAUCACCGUGAUGUGAGAUAUAUCAUCCCAACAUUCACUUGUAUCACAAGUGUUUUGGCUGUAAUUGAGAAUAAUAAUCACUCGAUAAACAGAUUUGAGUGGUCGAAGAGAGAUGAUGUGAUAGCAACAAUUCUAGACAAUAUGGAAAUGGAGCAGGACUUGGACUUACGUCAUGCCUAUAUGAUGAGUUUACCUCAGCUUUUAACUGACCUGGGAUGUGCCAAAUGGUUGCAGAGAUUGAUUAGGAUAAUUGAGGAAUACUGCAGUCAUCACACUGACUUGAGAACACUCAAAGCAACUCUGCAGACUGCAGAAGUGAUACUCACAUUAUUUCAUCUGAGAAUUCCAGCCCACUGCACCCCUCUCUACACAGCAUUUCUCAAACUCCAUCUCGAUCUAACCGAAACGCCAAUUUUUGAUAAGGAAAUAACUAACAGUUUAGAGAGAUGUAUUUACACUCUGUAUCAAUUAACACCAAAUGUCGGCUCGGUAAUAAUGCGAGACGAUCGGAUCCGUACGAUCAUUGAGGAUAGUCUGCUUUUUGCCUGCACUGGUGAUACAAAAUAUUGUAAUUAGACUUUGUGAUGAUAAAUUAGUACUUGUAAUCAUUUUUUUUAUGAGUAUUGCACGUAGAGUAAUGAAGCCGUAAAUUUACUCAAAGAUAUACCAAUGUACAGUUAUUUUUCUCUUCGGUAGUUGAAUGUAUUUGUAAUUUUCUAGUCUGAGAAAUUCAAUAAAAUUAUUUCUUCGAAAUAA